CAGCUCUGUGAGGGUUGCAGCAGGCAGCAGAACUGCAGUGGCUGCUGCGUGCACAGUGGGGCUGGAGAGGCGAGGCAGGAGCACCGGCAUCAUGCUGGGCCAGAAGCCAAAGCUCAGCAAGCGCAUCCGUGAGCUGCGUGCCAGCAUAGCCUUGCAAGGGCAAGCAAGGAAGUUUUACAGCAAGUCAGAGGAAGGAAAGUUCAAUGAGAACCGAGAGCUGCUGCCCCAGCUGCGAGAGGCGGUGCAGGAGGAUAUCCAUGCCCUGGGCCUUGUCCGCAAGGUGGCCCAGGAGAAGCUCCGGGCUGAAGUCUAUGACAGGGUGAACAAAUGCAACAUGCUGCUGUACCAGAUGGAGCAGCGGAGCCGGGCCAAGGAGCAGCUGCAGAGGCGGCUGCAGCAGCUGCAGGAUGUCCGGGUGGCUGACAAGCAGCACCAGGUACAGGUCCCAGAGCCCCUUCCUAGGGUGGCAGCACCCAUGGGGGGUUUCAGCCAGCCCUGCCCCCCUGGGUGGGCACUGCUCUCAGUCCAUGGGCUCACCCCUUGUCUCCAACCAUCUCUGCCCCAGGUGAUUCGUGCACUGCAGAACAGCAUAGACAAGAUGCACACAAAAAUCCACGCUGGGCAGAAGGUGACUGCCCUGUACGUGGUGGUACGGGAUGCCCUGAGGAAGGAGCUGGCCCACCUGCCUCUGCACCUGGACCUCCUGAGUGAGAUGGCCGAGCUGCAGCAUGGGGAGGUGGAAGACAUGGAGCUCAUGGCCUUGGAUGGGCUCCGAGCUGCUCGUGUAGCCAAGGAGCACAUGGCCAGGACAAAAACCCAGUUCCUUGCAGAGAGAGAGCUCAGGCUCCGCACCCUGGCUGCUCAGAAGGAGCCCAUGGACAGAAGCUGGCGCAAGGAAGCAGAAGAAAGGCUUCUGAAAGGGCAAGCCAGGCGUGACCUCACCAGGGACUUCCUGGGCCUGCCCGCAGAGGACCCACCGGUGGCCGCCGAGCCGGAGGCCCCCAAGUCCCAGCUGGAGCGUGAGGCCUGCGUGAUGGAGAAGCUGGAGAAGGCCAAGGCUGCGGUGCAGUGCUCCCGCCUCUGGGACAUCCCCAUCAGGAUCCUGGCACAGCAGAAGUCCCUGGUGGAACUUGAGCAGUACCUCGCAGGGCGCAAGGAGGAGAAGCAGGAGCUGCAGAAGGCACUGAAGGAGCUGGAGAUGCAGCUGGAGGAGCUCAAGUUUCGCCAGCCCCCAGCCACAACCAGGGGGCUGGAGGAGGAGCUGAGGAGGAGGCUGCAGUGGGAAGAGGCUCGGCUGGAGCAGAGGCGAGCCCAGCUGCUGAGGAGCCAGGAGACGCUGCUGGAGUUUGAGAACGGAGUUGACAACCUCUUCGUCCGCCUGCGGGGCAUCCCCGUGCCUGGCCAGGUACCCGCACAAUGCUGGGCUGAGCACAGCCCGGGCUCUGCUUGGUGGUGCAACGGCACCGUGGGGUGA